GCGGCUCGACGGGACAAGAUCUUGCCCCAGAAAUGUGAAGUACCCCCCUCCAUUCUCCCCGAGGUUCACCGGGACACCCCCCACAAAAUAAAACAAGACAAUUUUUUGAGAAACGACAGGGCGCGAAAAACAAAAAAUUGGCGUGGCGAGGAGGUGCCGCCUUUGCAACACAACACACGGGCGCUAACAUGGGAACUGCACGCAUGGGGUCCCCUGCCAAGGAACAGACCCUCGAGCAGUACAUGGCCGACAGAGGAGUCACUGCGACUCGGUACUCUCAAUCUGACUUCUUCUGUGAUUCCGAGGAGUAUCUGGCCUUCAUAGGCACCACUGUCAUUCUUUCAGAAGAGCCCGUAGAGCCCACGUCCACGUCCUCAGGGGCGCUGUGCGUGGGGAUGCAAGACGCUCCGCUGGCACUCCGUGGGCCACUGGCCGUGGAGGCCUUGCUCCUCUAUCGAGGAGGAGGAGGAGGAGGAGGAGGAGGAGUGGGUGAAGAGAAGCUGGAAGACCAUCGGGACGACGAGGGGUCUCCUCGUAGAGGAGCUUGGCCCCCACGGCCAGUGGCCCACGGAGUGCCAGCGGAGCGGCUCACAGACCCCGUAGGGCUGCCCUCUCGCACUCCCCCCACGGCCUCUACACCCCCUACAGGCCCUACGGUCCGUACGGAGUCUACCGAGCCUUCGGAGCCUACAGGGUCUGCCAGUACGGCCGGCCAAAUAGACGUAGCCAAGUUGAAUGCGGUAGCGCGAUUUGAAUCGUUCACCGGGUCCCAUUCAGACUUUGUAGACUUACUCAUAGAGCAUCUUAUCUCGUUACGCAGGGCCAAGGUGGACGAUAACGUGCUUGUUCACGGGUAUGUGGCCGACCCGUCGUCCCAGAUCGUGUCGUCCGUGAGCAACCGGUACGUCAGCUUCGUGGCCACACAACUCAAGGGCGUUCUCUGGGAAACCGUGCACCAACGCAUGGGCCAUCGCCUGUUUGCACGGCUAGUGUUGACCACCUCGUGCUUUGUGUUGGUCCCUGGGAACCGCUACGUUCAAGUGUUUGGCACGAGGGGCUCAUCAACCAGCGCACAAACUCACCACCGGUUCACCACCACCUCCAUAUACAAAAGUAAAGUCUUGUAUAGUCAUACGGGUAGUUCUUCUUCUUCCUCUUCCUCUUCUUCUUCUUCCUCCUCAUCUUCCUCUUCCUCUUCGUCUUGUUCUUCGUCUAAGUUUGUGGUUGCUAAGAGCCCAGAGGAGUUGCUAGACCGGGUGGUCCCGCCUAGAUCGGGCAACAACAUCCCCAAGAAGUACCGACCGGUGUUGGCGUUGUGUUGUGAGGUGGUCAAGAAGGACGCCAAGUGUGCCUACCAUCAGAUCUAUCACGAGAUAGUCCUCCCCACGACUGGAACCCCUAGCAACUUGGAAGACAAGUGCCCCCGCUCAAACUUUGAUUGGGCUACGCCGUUCGAGCAGGUGGUACGGUUCAUCUUGACAAUCGUGGGGAAAGUGUUCCCCCUCCGAACAUGGGGUUCUACACACAACAAGGGGAUCAUCUUGAGACUGACAAUCAAGUUCUUGAAGCUCCCACGGAACGAGAAGUUGGACCUCCAAGACGCCAUCCAUGGGGUACGUCUCUCCGAGAUCUCGUGGCUUGGUAGAAUGGGGGCCCUGGAGAAAGGUUCCUCCUCUCAGCAAGAGUUCUCAAAUCGACAAGACCUCUUUGUUCGGUUCAUCCAUUUCUACUUCUCGAGCUUUUUAGUGGAGGCGGUUAAAAAGUUCUGGUAUGUGACCGAGACCUCGGAGAGCCAUGCUCUUCUCUACUACCCUCACGCCGUGUGGAAGGAACUCACGUCCCAUUGGUUUGCCAACUACACGCGCCGCUUCCUACUCAAGACAACUUCUUGCAAGGACCACGGGCACAGGAACGGAGGCUCGACAUAUUUCCAUGGGAACGUCCGGCUCCUCCCGAAGCGGAACGACUUCCGUUUGUUGUGUGUCCCGGAAAAGCAUCUGAAGGAGUACUUUUCCCGGAUGUUGACCCAGAUAUACCCCGUGAGGGAGAUCUUACGUCAACGGGUCAAGGCCGACAGUGUGGGGAAGAAGCACCCGCGGUGUUAUUCGUCGGUGGAUGUUGCUGGGGAGAUUGGGCAGUACAGAAGGAGGUUACAGGAAUGGGAGAGUCGCUCGACUGGCCCAUACUCGCGGGGAGCCGCUACGGGGGGCCUGGCCCCUCUACGAGGAGACUCCUCACCCCAGGACUUGGGGAGUGUCUCACAUUGGGCCCCGACUCAGGACCGCUCCGCUGGCCCCUGCUCGGGGAGAGCCACUAGCGUGGGGCCCGGCUCCUCUACGAGGAGAUCUACCCAUAGCCUGGCAUUCCUCGACAGAGGAACAAAGCCUCCACGGCCAGUGGCCCACGGAGUGCCAGCGGAGCGGCUUGCUAGCCCCGCAGGGAAGGAUGUAGAACCACCCUUCCUGGAGAGACGCUCCGCUGGCCCCUGUUCAUGGGGAGCCACUACAUGGGACCUGGCUUCCCUGCAAGAAGACAUUGCAUGUUCCCAGGAAUCGAAGAGUUUCUCUCAGCAGCCUUCACAUCAUACCCUACCUCCCAUUUAUAUGAUCAAAUUCGACAUGAGACAAUGCUACGACCGAUUAAACCAAAUAGAAACCAUCCGAUGUCUUGAAAGACUUCUAGACAACUCACCCAUUGAUACCUACCACGUCCGAGAGUUUGCAUCUGCCAAUUCCUUCGCUCUGUCCUACCGCAACAAGUUCCAUAUCGUCCAUGACCACAACCAUCUAGAUAAGUUCAACGUGUUCAAGUAUGGUCUUGACCGGAGCAAGAACAGAAACCAGUCCAAGCCACUGGCUAGGGCCCAGCCACUGGCUCUGGCCCAGUCCCCCUCCAUUCUAAUCGACAGAGGAAACACCACGAAACUAUCCAAACACGAGAUCAUUCCCCUUGUGGAACGCCAAGUAUUCUACUCCGCCAUGGUCGACCGGUCUGGCGUAUGCUACCGACGAAAGCGAGGGGUUUUCCAAGGAUUCCCGCUCCUGGCCACGCUCUGUGACAUUGUAUACAACGACCUUGUAGACUCAAAGUUCCUGUUCCUUGACGAGUCCUCCUCGUUACUCUUGCGUCUUGCUGACGACUUUUUACUUCUCUCCACCAACGAGAGCGAUUGCCGGAAGGUGCAACAGCUCAUCAAUUCUGGGUCCUUCGAGUCCUAUGGUGCUGGUGUCAACACCAGCAAGACCAUGACCAAUCUCGACCUCGACGCUUCUCCUCUUGACCAGAUCCUGUUUGUCGGCUUGGAAAUCGAUCUCAAAACCCUCCUGGUAUCGCGAGAGGUCGAACCAAUCAUCCAGUUCCAAGCGCAGAAGUCGUUCAGAGCCACCUACCGGUACCUCUUGGUAUGCUACCGGAACAGAAUGGAGGAUUUUCUUCUUGAUAUAUACGCCGGGCUGCUCCCUGCGGUGCUCUCCAACGUCUCGCGCUUGCUCCUGCAAGUGUUGCAUACCUUCAGUCAAAACAUCUCUUCCAUGAUGAGGAAGAACGGAGCCCAAUCUUUCCAACCGCAGCCAUGUAUGGACUUUUUGGACAGGCUACUCAACACCACGAUCCAGCGCUUCACACUAGUCAACGGCUCCGAGGCAGACGCCGCGGCCUUGGCCUCCGUCUUCUGUGAUUGUGUGAAAACCCACUUCAACGUGAACCCAACGUUACGGGGCGUAUCCCAAUUGUUCUGCGGAGAGAUGUUCAGAUCGGUCAGGUAAAGCACUCGUCAGGCUCCCUACAGACUACAGACCCUCUCUACAGACCCUGUACGGUGGCACCACUCUUUCCUCCGUGGGGGCUAGUAAGCCGCUCCGCUGGCACUCCGUAGGCCACUAGCCGUGGGGGCCCUGUUCCUCUUACGAGGAAGUGAGCAGCCAGGAGAGCCUCCUCGUAGAGGAGCCAGGCACCACGCAGUGGCUCUCCCCGAGCAGGGGCCAGCGGAGCGUCUUACAGACCCCGUAGGGCGGUACCCCCCUUCCCUGCGGGGCUUACGAGCCGCUCCGCUGGCACUCCGUGGGCCACUAGCCGUGGAGGCCUUGUUCCUCUGUCGAGGAAAGUGAGGUGGGUCUAGCUAGAUACUACAUGUUAAUAAUCCAGACGCUUGGUAUUUCACUCUAUAAGUAGUUCCUUAAUAAUACACAACGCACAUGC